UUAUCUUGAGCACUCGGUCUUCGGCUGUUCGCCGCGCUGCUAAAAAAUACAGGGACAGGAGUUUUGAAUAGAGUUUACACGUGAUAGGAAAGGACGUUACAUAAAAUGUCAGCUUUGAAACUUAGCUCUUAGUUCGGCUUUUGUUUUGUCAUCGUGAAUGUUACUGCCUCAUUAGCAUCAUUUGCACCGUUUCUGCGGACUAUCAGUGGCAUGUUUCCGUUAGACUCGCCGUGGAACAUCUCUUUUGCGGGAUGUGGCUUCCUGGGAAUCUACCACGUCGGUGUGGCCAGCUGUCUGUUGGAACAAGCCCCGUUUCUGGUUCACAACGCCCGACACAUUUAUGGAGCGUCCGCCGGAGCUCUCACCGCCACGGCUCUGGUCACUGGAGUUUCGCUAGGAGAGACUGGUACAGGUAUCAUUGAUGUUGCUAAAGAAGCAAGAAAGCGAUUCCUCGGCCCCAUGCAUCCAUCCUUCAACCUGGUGAAGAUUGAGCGCCACAUGCUGCGUCGGACUCUGCCAGAUGAUUGUCACCAGAGAGCCAAUGGACGUUUAGGAAUCUCUCUGACCAGAGUGACAGAUGGAGAAAAUGUUCUGGUGUCUCAUUUUAACAACAAGGAGGAGCUGGUGCAGGCAUGUGUCUGCAGUGCCUACAUCCCAGUGUACUGUGGUAUAAUACCUCCUACCCUGCAAGGAGUGCGAUACGUUGACGGAGGAAUCUCAGACAACCUGCCUCAGUACGAGCUGAAGAACACCAUCACCGUGUCUCCGUUCUGUGGAGAGAGCGACAUCUGUCCCAGAGACUCCUCCACCAACAUACAUGAGCUCAGAUUCACCAACACCAGCAUCCAGUUCACUCUCACCAACCUGUACAGAGUCUCCAGAGCACUGUUCCCUCCAGACCCCAUGGUAAUGAAUUUGAUGUGUAAACAGGGGUACGAAGAUGGCCUGUACUUCCUAAAGAAAAAUGGAUUACUUCAUUUUAAUGGACCUCUCACUGACCGGCCGCUGCUUUGUCACGGAGAACAAGAGGAAGAGACGGUUGAUGGUGGGGAUCAUUGUGAGGAGGAAACCAUGAACAAGACGGAAAAUACAACGACGGAUCAGAAUACUGCAUCGCUGGAGGAACAUUUAUUUGAACACCUUUCACCAAACCUGCACAAAGUUCUGCUCGAGGCCUGCAUGGAGAGGAGGAGCCUGGUGCAGUCGCUUAGCAACCUGCUUCCAGUCAGGAUGGCCUCGGUCCUGAUGCUUCCGUACACUCUCCCUCUGGAAUCUGCUGUGUCUAUGGCUGUCAGACUUCUGGAGUGGCUGCCAGAUGUUCAGGAGGAUGUCGGAUGGAUGCGAGAUCAGAUAUUAAAGAUCUUGCUCUAUGGACUACGCCAGGCCUCCAGUAGAGUGUCUCAGCAUGCAUCGGUGGAGAUGAAAUGGUUUUCCUGUAAAAUGGAGCUGCGCUACAACCAGACUCUUCCAUCAACCUUCAGUUCCACCAGCCUGUUUCCCUCCUGGGCGAUAAAGAGAAGUUCCUCGGUCCAAGAUAUGUUCAUGCGCCUCGACCAGUACAGGACACAGCUGCUGACUGGCAGAAUAUGUCUAAACAUGGACCUUCAGAGCUACUGGAAUAAUGGAGCCAUGUCGCAAAGUACAAGUGACCCCUCCAUCAUGUCUACAGAGGGUCUCACCAUGCACACAGCUAGUUUUAGUGUCCAGUCUGCUGCGGACACCGAAGACACCAUCAACUCCUGUUAAGAGUGUUUGAAACUCUAAAUCUAUCAUUAGAAGUGGUACGCUGAUCAUUAUUUUAUAUAGUAUACUAAAAUAUGGUAUUAAUUUACCAUAGGUAAUUAUGUAUACUUUUAUUUUUACUUUUUGAAUGGUAAUGAACCUUUGAGUAAGUAUUUUUUUCUCUUAGAAUGAGCUUAUGAGCUCAUGGACUCUUAAGUCGUGUACAAACAUGAAUUCCAGGUUUUGACGACAAAGGUCCACUUCAUACAAAAUACCAGCGUGAAUGUUUUAGGAGGAAUGUUGUCAGACCUGUAGUUAAACUGUUUCUGUUUCACUGUGGUGAUGGACCUUAAAGGAAGAAACAUUAUGUAACAGAAGUAUUCAAUGCAAAUGUCAAUGCAAUUCACAAAAUCAACACUGUUUUUAUGUUUAGAUCGUGUUGAGACAACAAGCUAUAAGCCACUCAAAUACAAUGUCACACAACUGGAUUCCUUCAUCGUAGAAACGUGUUUCUAUCAUCUCAAUUUAAUCUUUAAGUUACUGCGCUUUUAGUUUUGAAACAAAAUGAUGCUCUGUACAUUUUACUGGAUGAAAACAAAAUCAUAAACCAGAAAUCUUGAAAUGAAUCUGUUUUAACUGCACCUUUUAUUUGUAUUUCAACUGUGAAGUUUUAUCGUUUAUCAUGCACUUCUGCUACAGGAAACUUUUAAUGAUGAAGCUCUAACCUGUGCCUUUUACUUAUGUAAAAAUAUUGCUUAAUUAAUAAAAAUAUUGUCAAAUAAAUCUCUGGAAAUUUUUCAAUGUAUAAUUGCUCAAUAAAUAUGUGUCCACCUGCA